CCACACCGCCGCACAUUGUCUUGUUCCUAGCAGACGACAUGGGUUGGAAUGACAUAGGUUACCAUAACAACCAGGUGAAAUCGCCAACCCUGGAUAGACUGGCUAGCGAGGGAGUCAAACUGGAGAAUUAUUACGCCAAGUCAGUGUGUACUCCAAGCAGAGGAGAAUUGUUAACAGGUCGGGAUGCGGUAACCACCGGUCUGUCGGUUGCCUACAUGCAUGGCUAUCCCGUGGGGAUGCCUUUGACGGAGAAACUACUCCCCCAGAGGCUAAAAGAGAGGGGUUACGCCACCCACAUGGUCGGGAAGUGGCAUCUAGGGCACUACACGUACAAACAUACCCCAACGUAUAGAGGCUUUGACAGCUUCUAUGGGAUAUACGGCGGAGGCACAGACUUCUAUUCCCACAGAAAUUGUCUCUCGGCAUUUCCUGGUGUCUGUGGCCUUGACCUUUGGAACGGAACGGUGCCAGAUCGGUCCAAAUACGGCGUGUACGCAACAGAGAUAUACUCUCGCGUGGCAACAGAUAUCAUACGCCAUCACAAUACCAAUAAGCCUUUGUUUUUGUACAUGCCAUUCCAACUCGUUCACGAACCGGUUCAAGUCCCGCAGAGAUUUGAAAGCCUAUAUGAUGGGUUAGUUCCGAGUGGCGUGAGGAAAACGUAUUUAGGAAUGGUGUCCGCUUUGGACAAAACGGUAUCUGAUAUUGUGGAGAGUUUGAUACAGCAGGGGAUGCUUGAGAACUCCGUGAUUGUAUUUUCAUCCGACAAUGGCGGUGCGCCAAAACAGGGCGCUGACAACGCCCCCUACAGGGGCAUCAAGGGAUCUCUCUGGGAAGGUGGGAUAAAAGUGCCAGCUUUUGUAUGGAGUAAACUGCUACAGAGACCGGGAAGAACCGUUCGUGACCUCAUUACCAUCACAGAUUGGUGUCCGACAUUGCUCGGAUUAGCGGGAGUAGAUGUUAAAAAUCUUGGAUUAGAUGGAUUUGAUGUUUGGAAUACUUUAAGUUCCGGAAAAACGGGUCACAGAUACGAGGUCAUCCAUGAACUGAUAUCUCCCUCGUCGUGGUACCCCCCUCGAGGACGCCCGCUUUACAACGACACCUUUGACACCUCACAGAGGGCGUCGCUAAGACGUGGGGAUUGGAAAAUCAUCACGGGGACUGCAGCUUUUGUCACAGAGUAUGUCGAUGGAGAACCAGUGGAACUUGAAAUCAUUGGAAUCGACCCCAGCAUCCAGAACGUGUCCCUUAGCAAGAACGUGUGGCUGUACAACAUUACUAAAGACCCGUUUGAGCAAUAUGACGUUUCAGAAAAAUACCCGGAUGUAGUGCGCCUCAUGUUGGACAGACUAGAAACUAUCCGGCAGAUGGCACCACCUACAAUAUGGCCCGACCCAGAUCCAGCCCUAAAUGCAGCAACACAGAAUGGUGUUUGGGGUCCGGCCGUUUAUCCUACUAGUGGUUCCACCUCUGAAAGUGCUAAUCGUUACUUUUGGCUUUAUUUCCUCGCCUCAACGGCUUUUAAUGUAUUAAUGUGAGACUAUUUAAAGUUAAGAAGUACUGGUGGACUAGAACGAGUCUUUUAAUACGAUUUACCAAAUGAAAUCAAGUAGU